GCCCGGGAGGCUCUGCGCCUCCAUUCCGUUCCCUCGCCACUCCAAAGGGCUUGAAUGAAAUGCGCGUGGGUUCAGUGAGUGGUAAACCACCAGGGGAUCCCGUCUCCCCACAAACCAGGAUCUCGCUCUGGAGAAGGAGAAGGGGGAGGAGGCAAACAGCUGAGCUUCGGUCUCGCGGGCGCGCGCAGCGCUGGAGCCGCGGGAGACGCCGGGCCACCUCCCCCUUCCCGGCCGUGCACCGCCUCGCCCGCGGCGGCUCCAGGCACCACACGCUCCGCCCGGGCUGCGCCCGCGGUGCAAGUGACGAGCUCCUGUGGCCGGCGGUGCUGUCCGCCGAGGAGCAGCGCCCUCUUGCCUCGCUGCCUGCGGCGAUUCGCUUCUCCGCAGGAGCAAUUGACCCUGCAGUCUGUGCCUCCCUUUCGUCGUCUUUGAGCUGGUGGACAAGCAACUUUGACAGUGGUCGUAGGUUUAGAAUCCGGUUUCUUGGCAUCAGUAGCUUUUAAAGUCACUGGUCUUAGGUGGGACGGGACUUUCCCCGGCGCGUCAACCCUGAGUCUGACUGCAACCUGUUUCCAGCGAUCAGGGGAUGGAAUUGUGACUGACACUCAUCUGCGGGAGGGGACUGGUUUUUCUCUCUUUCUGGAGUCUCAGCUUGGAACUGGAUAAAGCACAAUCGAGAGGCUGUAAAUAGGCAGAGCAACUGUUUCCAAGAAGGCAACCACUUCCAAAGCCAGGAAGGAGCGUGGGGCUUUGUCCGGAUUUCAUCCAGUCGCAACAUUAAUCAACAAUCAGGUGUUGUUUGCAACUUUUCAAGGUCAGCCACCCGAAGCAGCAGUUCCGUCGCCGACCCUGUGGGUACACAGAGCUUGGAUUGGAUUUGGCUGAGAAAUGCACAGGACGCCAAAAGAGGAAGGCUUGUAGGGUGGGUGUGACCCCAAGACCCAUCCCUCGCUCUCCCCCAUCCCGGGUCUCCUGCUGCCCAGGCAUGGGAGAGUGGGUGACAUGCGUCUAACUCCGCAGCAAGUUAGGCAGCAGGUGUAGGUUCUAAAAGACAGCAGAGGCUGCUGGGUGCGCCCUCGCCAAGCCAUGAGGGACCGGGGCGCGCUCCUGGCUCGCACGUCGCGGGUGCUGCUUCUGCUGUUGCUCAAGAUCUCCGUCUCUUCCGCCCUCUGGUUUGCUCCUGCUCCCAGAAACCUAACUUGUCUGGGGGAGAGCUGUUCACCUGCACUGCUCCAGCGUCGCAACAGGGAUGCCUGGGGACCAGGAAAUUCUGCAAGAGAGGUUCUUCGAGUCCGUGAGCCCCGGGCGCAGGCAGAGGCGGCGGUGCGCGCAGCGCCCUCCCGGGACCUGGCGGCGGCCGCGGGCGGUGACCCCGGUGCUGGUGCAGGUGCAGGGGCGGAGGCGUCGGCAGCCGGGCCCGCGGGACCUCCACCUGGCGCCGGUAGGUGGAGAGGUGCCCGGGGUCAGGAGCACCCUGGAGAGUUGGGGAGAGGGAACCCCACGGCCCUCCAACUCCUCCUUCAGACCUCAGAGGAGGAAGAGAGAAGUUCCAGAGGCGCUAGCAUUUCCUGGCGCAGUCAGGAGCAGAACGUGAAGACGGAACCUGGAGCCAGCGAUCUUUACUACUGGCCGAGAAGAGCCGGGAAACUCCGGAGCUCGCGCCACAAGUCAGGACCCACAGGGCACGAAGGACGGACACUUGCACCCCCUGGCAGGGCGCUACCCCAGAAUGGGUCCUUGAUUGAAGAUGUCCCCGAACGCGAGGGUCCACGCCGCGGGAACAGCACCAACCGGCGCGUGAGACUGAAGAACCCCUUCUACCCGCUGACCCCGGCGUCCUAUGGAGCCUAUGCCGUCAUGUGUUUAUCCGUAGUGAUCUUUGGAACCGGCAUCAUUGGCAACCUGGCGGUGAUGUGCAUCGUGUGUCACAACUACUACAUGCGGAGCAUCUCCAACUCCCUGUUGGCCAACCUGGCCUUCUGGGACUUUCUCAUUAUCUUCUUCUGCCUUCCACUUGUCAUCUUCCAUGAGCUGACCAAGAAGUGGCUGUUGGAAGACUUUUCCUGCAAGAUCGUGCCCUAUAUCGAGGUCGCUUCUCUGGGAGUCACUACAUUCACCUUAUGUGCUCUGUGUAUAGACCGCUUCCGCGCUGCCACCAAUGUACAGAUGUACUACGAAAUGAUCGAAAACUGCUCUUCCACAACAGCCAAACUCGCUGUCAUAUGGGUUGGCGCUUUACUGCUGGCACUUCCGGAAGUUGUUCUCCGCCAGCUAAGCAAGGAGGAUUUGGGGUUUGGUGGCCGAGCUCCUGCAGAACGAUGUGUCAUAAAGAUCUCACCCAAUUUACCAGAUACUAUAUACGUUUUAGCCCUUACCUAUGACAGUGCAAGGCUGUGGUGGUAUUUUGGCUGUUAUUUUUGCUUACCCACACUUUUCACCAUCACCUGCUCUUUGGUGACUGCAAGGAAAAUCCGCAAAGCAGAGAAAGCCAGCACCCGUGGGAACAAGCGGCAGAUCCAACUAGAAAGCCAGAUGAACUGCACAGUAGUAGCCCUGACCAUUCUAUAUGGAUUCUGCAUUAUUCCUGAAAAUAUUUGCAACAUUGUCACUGCCUAUAUGGCCACUGGAGUUUCACAACAGACAAUGGACCUACUGAACAUCAUCAGCCAGUUCCUUUUGUUCUUUAAGUCCUGUGUCACGCCUGUGCUGCUUUUCUGCCUCUGCAAACCCUUCAGCCGGGCCUUUAUGGAGUGCUGCUGCUGUUGCUGUGACGAAUGCAUUCAGAAGUCUUCCACAGUGACCAGUGAUGACAAUGACAACGAAUACACCACAGAGCUGGAGCUCUCUCCGUUCAGUACCAUACGCCGGGAGAUGUCCACUUUUGCUUCAGUUGGAACUCACUGCUGAAAAGCAGUACUGGGUUUGAUCAGAUCUGUUUAAUUUUCAUAUCCUGUGAACAUUUUUACUUAGUAUUUUUCCCUUCCAAGGAAAACAUGCAAAAAAUAAUAAUAAUAAACCAAGGAAAGAAAUACAUAUUAAUGACUAUAGAACUGAUUUUGCAAAUUAAUAUUUGUGCUCUGAAAAAAAAGUGUUUAUAUUUAGUUAUUGAAGAAGAACCAGAAGGUCAAUAGUUUUAGAUAAUUUUAUCUGGUAUGGUGCUAAUAUUUUAUUUGGAAAAAGUUACUGCACCUUAACUUAACUAAUUGGCUAGAUUUCUUUCUUUUUAAAAUGUAGUUAUUGUAUAUUGAUGAUAGUUAUGUGGUUUUGCAAGUUAUUUUAUGUUUAAAUUGUGACUGAAAGUAUAUUGUAUAUGGUAUUGUGAAACGAUUUGUACUUAGAGGCAUUUACAAAGUAGCACCAAAUAAAUUUCACUUUAUUCUUUAAUGUCAUUGUCAAUCUACUUUUAACCAAGAUUCAAUAAAUCUUUUAAUUGCCUUAAAGACACAAUUACUGGUUCUACGCACAAUUUAAAACUGACCUUACUGUUUUAUUAUGUUCUCCUCUAAGGCAGGAAAUAGCCAUGUUAUAAAGAAGCUUUCCUAAGAAUAGUAUUUUAUAUGCAUGACUCAUAAACUAUAUUGUAUCUUAAAACAAAACUAUUUUUAAUAUUCACAUACAGAUGUACAGUUACAUCCAAAUAUUUAUGAAAUAUAAAUAAAUAGCAGAGUAGGAAAAAAGUAUUUUUUAAAAAAAAUUCUCUGAACUAGCAUGUAGAUCUAUAGGUUUUCCCAUAAGGUAUUAUGGACAGAAUCAAUAAUUUUAAAAAUGCGCUUAACAUCAGAUUUCUUGAAACACUGGCCUUUGAAGUUUUGUGAAUUCUGUAUGAAGCACUUUGAAUUGCAAUUUUCCCCCUUUUAAAAAGUGAAGAUGAUUAAAUCUAUAUAAUUUAACUGCUUUAAGAGGAAUGAAAGUAGCAGAAUUAUAAAGUAUGUGCUUAAUUUAUCCUGAUUAAGACACUUGAAUAUUCAAAUACUAUCUGUAAGUUGACAUUUCAUAAACUCCCACUACAACCCUGACCCGCUCUGUUUGGAAUCUAUGCACUCUUCUUGCCUCUCUGGAAGUUUUAAGUUGCUGCAAUUGUGUUGGUUUCCUGACAUAUGGGACACACGUCUAAAUGAGAUGGCAGAGACAGUGACCUGGUGACACAGUGAUAUUUAAAAGCUAUCAAACAUGUGAUUGAAUGUCUCUGUCCUUAGAAAAACAUUGCAUGAUAGGUGAACCCAAUUUUCUAUCUGGGAUAAUGUGUUUUCUGCUUGUGGAUUUCUAUACUAUUUGGCACAACUGAGUCAAUGCCUUCCUUCAUCUGGAUUUAACAUAAUGUUUUUUAAAGUCACUAAUGUUCAGUAGUAGAAAACUUAAAGAAAACUGAACUAGACAAUUUAUUUCCCAAGAUAAGCCUAUAUUAACUAAAUGACAGUGCUCACACUGUCUCCUUUCCCGAGUCUGAUACUCUUCAAAGGGAUUGUUUUAUUUUAUUUUCUAUUUUGUCAGGGUCUCAAGGGAGGAUAAAAACAAGGUGUCGUUUUCUUACAAUACCUGUGAUAGGCUUUCUCAAGUGAACAUUUGAGGACACCUAGGUUUGGGCUGCAGAGCAGAUAAACAAUUGUGACUUCACAGUGCUUCUUGUACUUAGAUAACUUCCAAGUCAAGAAAUAUGAGUGGGAGAACAUUAUGUAGAAAGUUGCCAUGUAGUUGCCUACAGUAAAUAAAGAUAAGUGGAAAACAGGCUGAGAUCAUACAAAACCAGUGAAGGGUAGACUGGCAGGAAAAAGACAAACACAUAAUCAACUAUGAUAUCACCUAGGACCUUUAACCAGAAGGAAGAUGUAGGUUUGGUCACAGUAGAGGAAAGUCAAAGAAGAAAUCAGACUAAAGAAGAACUUGACGGCCAUUGUGAGAUAACUCCUGGUAAGCUUUCAGAAACAGGCAAUGAAAUGUUGCAGGAGGACUACACAUUGCAAGGGGAGAGAGUAAGUUAAGCAGGGUAUAUAGGAAGGAAUCACUGGGCAUGACUAAAGAAUAGAUGACUAGCUCAGUUUGGCUCCUGUGCUCUGUGUGCAUAGAAGCUGCUAUGGUUUGAAUAUAGUUUGUGUCUCUCAAAGCUCCAUGUAAUAGAAACAUGGUCCUAAUGAGGCAGUAUUAGAAGACAAUAAAACUUUUAUGAUUUAAGCCCCAGUUAGAAGUGUUUGGACCAUGAAGGCGCUACACUCAUGGAAGAGAAUCAGUUUGUCUCAUGGGACUGAUAGCAGGUUAACUCUGUGAGACCAGAGCAGGUUAGUACAAAGCAAGACCACUUGGCGUCUGCAACUGAUUCUUUUUCUACUUCUCCAUUACACUGUGGUAUACUCAAGAGGGGCCUCAUCGAAGACCAUACAUGUGGGGCACCCUGAUCUUGGACUGUCAGCCUCUAAAACCAUGACUUAAAUAAACCACUUUAGUUAAUAGAGUACUCAGUAGCAGGUUUUUUAUUAUAGUUACAAAAAUGGGUUAAGAUAAGAAAUCUUGUGAAAAAUAUGUAUUGAGGUCACGUAAUAAAAGGGUCACAUUUUGAAAGAUGUUUAGAUAGAGUCGAGGAAGUGGAGCUCUGUUUUGUGUUUUCUUUUUUUUUUUUUUUUAGGGUUUUUGAGUAUUGGAGAAACAUCGUCAUAACUGCAAUAGGAAGACAAAUAGGCUGGAUGAGGAGAGUCUGGACAUGAAAAAUGAUAAGGAAGCUAUUAUGCAUUGGGCCAUAAUUAAAGCAGGGAACAUGAAUUUCUUUUUUAUUUUAUGCUUGCCUUUUGAUACAUAUACUUUCUCAUUGAACCCUACCUCUUUCAAAGUAGAUACUUUAAUAACUCAAAAUAAGUUGUCCAGAAUAUAAUGAUUUAAAAGGUUUUUUUAAUCAAAAAAGCAAUUUCUGUAACUUAUUUUUAUAUUGUUAACUCUUUUUGUUAAACUUUUUCUCUGUUCCAGAAUCUAUCCAGUGUCUUUCCUUGCCCAUUUAGAAAAAGAAAGUUAAAUCUAAGAUUAAAUCCAGGAAAGUUAUUAGAGAACUCUACAAAUGGUGUAUGGUUACCUUAACCAAAAUAAAUUUGUGCUUUCAUUAGAGUCAAUGAAAAAUUAUUUUCAAAAUAUAUGCACCUAUUUUUAUAACUGUAUAGCAGAAAAAAUGCAAUAUCAAAUUUCUUCCAUGAUUAACAAUUUUGAACCCUUCAAAUUCAUUCCUUUAAGCAUCAAUUUAAGGAACAUAUGUAUGUCUUCUUUGUGUCUAGUGCCUGGUCUAGAAUAUAUGACCUAACGUAUUAAUUUUUUGAUUCCUGCAUUAAGUAGCUUAUUUCUUGAAAAUAAGAUAUAUAUGUAAAUAAAUAAACUUUAAAAUGUGUAGGAUGCAUGAAAUGUGCUGGAGAAAAGGUGGAAUGACAGAGGAAAAGGUGACUUGAUUUCUGAUUGUGAAGAGGCCAAAAAAAAAAAAAAAUGGGAAAAGUCCAAGGGAAGGAACAACUCUGGUCCAAUGUGGAGAUUAUGGGUGUGCGUGCUACACCCCAGUGGGUGUCACAUAUGUACAACAUAAGACACAGAAAGGGUCUUCUCUAUGUUCUCCUCCCCUUUUUCUCUUGUUGCUCAUGCUGUUUUCUGCUGCUGUGAACUGUUGCCUUCUGCCAUAUGCCACUCUGUCUUGGAGUCUGCUGAUUGUGGACUGAAGCCUCCACAAACUGAGCUAAAUAAAUCUUUUCUUCCCUAA